AUGGAGGCUCUCAAAGACCCAUUCCCCCUUGCGCCCAUUCCCUGGCUCUCGGAAUGGAUUCGACCAGUUGCGAAUCGCUUGGGGCUCGUCAUUUUGCCGAUGCAUAUCCAUGAAGUCGUUUACUCAGCUGGCUUCUACUUCUUCGCCCAACAUGUUAUUUCGCCAAUUCUCUCGAACAUGUUUGCUGCCAAGCACUACUCCCAUCUAUCCCGAAAAAAGAAGAUCAACUGGGAUGUCCACGUCGUGUCUCUCUUCCAAAGCGUCAUGAUCAGCGUUCUCGCUCUUUGGGUGAUGUUCACUGAUGAGGAACGCAUGAGCAUGGAUAGGGAGGGCCGUCUAUGGGGUUAUACUGGCUCAUGCGGUCUGAUCGCUGGACUAGCGGUCGGGUAUUUUGUCUGGGAUCUGGUUGUUACCUCGCUCAACUUAGAUGUCUUCGGCAUCGGUGCAUUGGCCCACGCCAUUUCGGCAUUGACCGCAUUCUCACUUGGCUUUCGCCCAUUUGUCAACUACUAUGCCUGCAACUUCAUCCUUUGGGAAAUAUCUACCCCUUUUUUGAACAUUCACUGGUUUCUAGACAAGGUCAACAUGACGGGCACAAAGGCACAGCUCUAUAAUGGGUUGCUUCUCUUGUUCAGUUUCUUCUCCAGCCGCCUCGUGUUUGGUAACUAUUCGGCUAUCAAAGUGUUCACAGAUAUCUACUACACGUUAGGGAAAAACCCCAGUACCCCUGGAGAAGGUGUCCAGAUCUUUGUUACAAAGGAUACCACCCUGCCUACAUGGCUCGCAUUGUCCUAUGUUACUAGCAAUGCGGUGCUAACAACGUUGAAUGUGUACUGGUUUUUCAUGAUGAUCAAGGCAGUUCGCAAGCGAUUCACGCCGGGAACUGAGAGCCCUGACAAGGCUGGCAAGGUAGAGAAAAUGGUGGCGACUGAGGUUGAAAUUGAUGUUUCCGCUACUGGGAGUGACAUGCCAAAUGCUCAGGAUGUCCGCUCUCGCCGAACAUGA